AUGAAGGAAUUCUCUACACUUAACCAUUUUAUUGAAUAUCACACUCCACCACCUCAACCUAUUACUGAUGCUGCCGUCGAUGCUGCUCGCGGAGGCCGGGUGGAGGAUCUUGCCAGUCUGGUCAAAGACUAUCCCAACCUUAAAUACUCCAUAUUCGUGAACCGGGCAGCUAUAUCGGGCAAGGGAGGCAUUUCUACAUAUCAAGUGCUGGUAGAUGGUGGUUGCAAUAUCAACAUUUCGUAUGGAUAUGGUGGCUCUCCUCUGAUAAAUGCCAUUUACCAUAACAAAUUUCCGUUGGCUCGACACCUGCUGAGCUUGGGAGCAAACCCGAAUAUCAACAACUUGGGUAUUUACUUAGCCCCAUUGGGGGUUGCCGUCUCCUUCAGGCCCGGGUUUGUGGUUGACCUCCUUGAUGCUGGAGCAAAUAUCCAAAAUACGGGAGCACUCCAUAUUGCAGCAAUCAAAGGAGGCUUGGAAAUCAUGCAGUUAUUGUUGGACAGAGGAGCCGACGUCAAUGAGGUGACGAAAUAUCCAUUUUACGCCAUGGUUGGUUUCCACGGAAGAUGCCCUCCUAUGCAUUGGGCUGUCCAGGGAGGCCAUAUUGAAGCAGUGACACUGCUACUACAAUACCCGGUUCAUCUAGAUAUGGUGGAUGAAGAUGGUUUGACAGCCGCUGAGCGGGCUAAUGAACGGGGGUUUGAAGCUGCUGAGGAUGUCUUAAGGAGACAUGAACACACCAAGCAUGCAGCAACACCUGCUAAAGCAAACAUUUAA